AUGAUCUACAUACUCAUUAUUGUGACGUUGUUGUUUCCACUAAAGGGAGCACUGAUAAGAUGGCGGGCAAACUUCACUCCCAAAGUUCAACCUGUUCCAGAAUUGCCCUUGGUCGAUGAUGCCUCCCAGCCUCGGUCAUUGCUAGGCAUGUUACAACGAGUCAAUGCAGAAGAGGGAAUUGACGGGUUGUACAAAGGAAUCCUCCCAACUCUCGGUUUCGUGCUAUUCUGGAAACAAGUGAUGCCUCUCCCAUCCAUUGCGGUUAUCGGAUAUCUUCACUUCGGGGUGUACGACCAGAAUGCUGUUCUCAUCAUUGCUAUUGCUUCUCCCAUCAAAAUUAUCGCAACUGUGAUCGAGGCCGUCUUUGUCAAUCGGGCUGUAACAACUCGGGAAGACAUUCCUUCAUUCUCAUUACGACGAGCGCUCGAUGCAUUGCUCUCUUCGACUGAAAGAAGGCACCCUUAUCGCAUAUUUAUCAUCCUAGGCUUGCUCGCGGCCUGCACUUCAUGGGUUUUAUACAUCGUAGGCACUAUUGGAGCACGCCACUUUUUGUUCGUCAAACAGUUUUCGAGUACAUUUGGGGACUGGGAGAACGUGAAGCCCCUCCUUCCUCUCUUGGUCGGGGCCGUUAUUUUCUCGUUCAUUCUUAAUGCUCUGGUGCUUACUCCACUGGAAGUUAUAAUGGUUCGAUUGUCUAUCCAAGCAAAGGCGACGCCGGUUACACUUCUUCUGGAUACACCGCCGGCUGAAGCUGUCGGGCCUAUCAGGAUUGAUAAAGAUGAAUAUACUGGACUUAUCAGUUGCGCAAGGCUGGUCAUUCAGGAGGAAGGUUGGGGUGCGCUUUAUCGGGGGUGGUGGUGGACAGGUUUCCGUGGUCUACUCUUUAUUUGA